UUACAUUAAAAAAAAAAGAAAAAGAAAAAAACCCGUAGCAGCUACAGGUUCUGGAGACAAAAAAAACCUCUUUUUCCCUCUUCUACUUUUUGAUUGAGGCAUUUUGUCAAAUAGUUGUAGUACAUUAACAAUUUCCACAAUUUACUCAUUUAAUCCGCCUCUUGCUUCUGCUGUUUACUGCGUGGAAACUUAACGCUUGCUUUGAUUUCUUAUUCUUCCAUUAAAAGAUGAAUGAAUUGUUACAGAAUCAUCUGUUCGCGACCCAUGCAAUUGCUGCCUCUGCUUCAGUCACUCUUGCCACUGCUCUUACCUAUCCUCUUGACACCAUCAAAACACUUAUCCAGGUUGGUUCAGGACCCAGUAAGCAAUUAACAGCAACUCAACUCUUAAACAGAGUGCAAAAUUUGUCUGGCAAUUCCGGUCUCUACUCUGGACUUGGGUGGUUAACUUAUGGAAGAAUUCUGGGCCUUGGUUCUCGCUUUGGGGUCUAUGAAAUUUUGUCAGCAUUUUAUAAAGAUGGCAGAGAAGACAACUAUGUUUAUGUUUCAGAGGCCUUUAUGGCUGGAAUGGCAGCUGGUGUGGCAGAAUCAUUAUUAAGCUCUCCAUUUGAAAUCCUUAAAGUUCGUAGCCAGGUGAACUCUGCCUCUCGUGUUACAAGCACUACCCCAAUUACAGAAAAGAGAAUUGUUGCCCCUGUGGUUACAAGAUUACUACAUGGAUAUACUCCUGAUAUGAAGGCAUUAAACCAUUCUGAUGGUCUUCUAUCGAUCCUAAAUGCCAAACAUCCCAAUAUGAUUGGUGCAUUACAAGAGUACCCAUGGAUGAUGACUGGGUCUGGUAGGCUGCCAUCAGUUUGCGAUGUUAGGAAAGCAUCAGAUAUUAUCUCUCUUGAAGGAUGGGGUGCAUUAUGGAGAGGCUUGCGUUCAGGAAUUGCAAGAGAUUCUGUCUUCUGUGGCAUAUUCUUUUCCAGCUGGCAAUUUCUCCACCAAGCAAUGCUGAACUGGAAGGCAGUUGGGAUGGAUCCUCCACCCAGGUCCGAUGAAGAAAUAGGCCCACUGUCUCCUUUGGCUGUUAGUGUUGCAGCUGGAGUUUCGGGUACGCUUGCUGCUGCUGCAUCUCACAGUUUCGACACUGCCAAAAGUCGAUCAGAGUGUGCAGUGCUGCCCAAGUUUAUUUCCAUGGAAAGAAGGCUUUUAAAAUGGAAAGUACCAGGGAAGAGGUUUGAGAAAUUGACAGGGAUCCACCCUGCAGAUAGAAACCUCUUGUACCGCGGCAUUUGGGUUAGGACGGCUCGCAGUGGGCUUGCCUCAUUUCUGAUUGUCGGGAGUUAUUUUUUGGCUAUUGAUCACUUUGUUUCAUACUGAAUUAUCAGCAGAAGUCAAAUAUUUUAGAUGGCAUAACAUUUUCAAUGUAAAGCUGAUAAUUUUAGUUCAAAUUUUACUCUCAUCCUGACUUAAAGAAUACUAAAUAAAAUUAAGUUAUA